GAGGAAGCAUUGCCAUUGACUAAUAAAAAGCUCAAAGGACGCAAACCGUUCAUAUUUUCUUGAAUUAUCUUUACCCAAAAUUCCACUAAAAAACUUAUGCAAAUGCAAACUCUCCACUUAGUAUCCACUUCUACUGUUGCUUCUUCUUCUUCUUCUUCUUCUUCUUCUUUUUCCCUACCCACUAUUGUUUCUCUUAAUUGCUGCCGUUGUCAACCUUCAAAUCAGUUGCCAUUUCCCAAUUCUAAUUUGGGUUUUCUGAAAGUUAAGAGGCAACCAAAAGUUUCUAACUUGAAGGCUAGCUUUUGGGAUUCCAUCAGAUCCGGGUUUGGCAAGAAUAACAUAAUACAGGUUAUAGACACACCAUCCAGUGAAGAAGAAGAGGAAGAACCUUUGCCUGAGGAAUUUGUUCUAGUUGAAAAGACUCAACCUGAUGGAACAGUUGAACAGAUUAUAUUCUCUUCUGGAGGAGAUGUUGAUGUGUAUGAUCUCCAAGAUUUAUGUGAUAAGGUUGGUUGGCCUCGAAGACCACUGUCUAAGCUAGCUGCAGCUCUGAAAAAUAGCUAUAUAGUUGCAACUUUGCAUUCUAGGAAAUUCUCAUCAGGAGAAGAGGGGAGUGGAGAAAAGAAGCUGAUAGGCAUGGCUCGUGCAACUUCAGAUCAUGCAUUCAAUGCAACAAUUUGGGAUGUUCUUGUUGAUCCUUCCUAUCAGGAAGACAAGAGUGGCAUUUGUUUGCAGGUGGUGGCGCCGGGGUAUUUUGAGAAGAAAGGCUGUGUAUUUGUUGGUGGCUGAUUCCUGAUGAGUCUCCCCCAGGUGAUGGGGUGGCCAUCUGUGGAAAAUGAAAGGUAUUCUCUCACUGUGUGCGAGUUCUUUCCCUAGUUACCUCAGUCCUCUCCAUCUUUAUGCAGGCUUGUUAAUGUAAAAUGGUGUUUCCAAGUUGGUGGGAGGUGGUACAUGUGAGCCUGAAUCUUUGGCAGUAUGCAUGUAUCCCUGUGGGAAGAAGACUGUGCAAAUAUGUGCAUGAGGCGAGGGGUGGCUGAUCAUAUUGGGGUGAUGGUGUAAGUCAGAGAGGAACCGUGCUUGUUCUGGUGUAAUGUUUUUGAGCUUUCGCUGGGCUACAGGAAAGGGAUGGUGGGAGGGGAAGGGAACGUCAGCCAGUCAAAAAAAAUUGGGUUAUCAGAUAAUGAAGAUAAAAAAUGGUGUCGCAUGGAUAUUGACAUGUUGUCUGACUCAGCACAAUUGAUUUACAUGCAGGGUGAGGAUUGUAUUAAACAUGUGUGAUCGACUUGAGGUGUUUAAAUUGGAAAACUGAGAGAUUGGACAGGGGUGUGGCGGCGGUGAGGGUGGGGGGCUUUCAUAAUCGGGACAAGUGUAAGGUCUAGGUAUCAAACCUAUAUUUAAUAUGAAUUUUAGUUAAUACUACGAAAUAAUCAAAAAAAAAUUCCCAUAAAUGCAAUAUUGAACUAAAAAUGACUUCUCUGGGAAAUGCUUAUAUAUGUUGAAGAGGAAAUGACUACUAUGAUAACCAUUACCCUCUCGUGUCUGUAUAUUAAAUGCAUUUUAUUUCAAAUAUCAGUGGGACUGUUGGUAAUGAUUUUCUUGAUAUUCAUCUUAUUAUUUGAUGAUAUUAUGAGCUAACGUAA